CGCAACAAUGCAAAAACGUCACAAUGUCCCCAGUGCAUUCUACUUCGAACGGUACUUACCGAAACGUCGUGUUUUUUCGCGCUUUCCUUGGUGAGGCAAAUUUUCGAGGUUUAACUACGUCUUCCGACUGAUUUGAAGUUGAUUCAUUGAACCAUGGAUACAGUCAGCAAAAUGAGGAAGGCCCAGUCAGAGGCCGGACGCUCGAGCUUGCCCCGCGUCCCCGCCUCUCGACCGGCUGGGUACAGCGAGCAGUGGAGGAAGGGCAUCAGUUUCUCCAGGUUCUGGAAGAGGGUGCCCCUGGUGGCACAGUCAGUGGAGCUGAUGAGUGGAGCUGGAGAUAGGACUAAAGAUGGGAAGGCCAAGCCAAGCCCUGCUGAGCAGACCAAUGUGAAGACAGUUGAGAAGGAGUUGUUCUACGAUGCCUCGGAUGAGGUCAUCGAGGAUGUGUACUAUGAUGCGAAGGAGUUUCUCGAUAAGACCACCGAGCUGCGAUCAUCCCCUGGCCAGAGGCGGCUGUCUCUGAACCACGUGCCCAGCAUGAGCGACUACAUCUCCUUGAAGCCACAUGAGAAGCUUGCCAGCAUUGUGCCGAUUAAGAAAGGCAGCGAGGCACAGGGUGAUGUGUUGGCCUCCAUAGUGCAGAGGAGGAAGGAGAUGAAGAAAGUGGACAAGGCCAGCAGCGGACUCUAUAAGGAGCUGCUUAAGCUGGAAAAGAAGAACGCAAAGGUGCUGCGCAAGCACAAGAGGGUGAUGGAUAAGGUCAAGUGGACCCAGGUGCAGCUUCGGGUACCCAUUGCAGGAAAGCGCCAUGAUCACGUCAGGGUUCCAAAAACUGUGGUUGGUACUGAGAAGGAGAUGGUUGCUGGUGAUGACAUCACCGUGAUGGAGACCAUGAGCACGAGCUCAGUCGGCUCCCAGGACGCCGUGUCCGGCAUGUCUGUCUCAGCACGCGAGAAGAACGCCGCAAUGCCGACUGCCGCCAUGAGCGACCUGUCCUAUGUCCUGAGGCCAGAGGACCUGGAGAAGAAAGGGAAGGAGAGUGAUGUUGAUGGGGAAUCUGCUGUAGUUGAUGUGGCAGAUGUGGCUGCCAGUGAUGACAUCCCCGUGAUGGAAACGGUGAGCACGAGCUUGCUCUGCGCCAAGGAUGCCGAGUCUGGCCUGUCCGACGAUGCUGCAAAGCUGGCAACUCCUGCCAUGAGCGACCUGUCUUAUGUCAUCUACGAAGGGCCAGAGGACCUGGAGAAGAAAGAGAAGGAGAGUGAUGUUGCUGGGGAGCCAGCUGUGGUUGAUGUGGCAGAUAUGGCAGCAGGUGAUGACAUCGCCGUGAAGGAAACGGUGAGCACGAGCUUGGUCUACCCCAAGGAUGCCGUGUCUGGCCUGUACGUCGAUGCUGCAAAGCUGGCAACUCCUGCCAUGAGCGACCUGUCUUAUGUCAUCUACGAAGGGCCAGAGAACCUGGAGAAGAACAAGAAGGACAGUGAUGUUGCUAGGGAGUUUGCUGUGGUUGAUGCAGAGAAGGAUGCGGCUGCAGGUGAUGACAUCACAGCGAUGGAAACGCGUACGGUGAGCACGAGCUUGGUCCACUCGGAGGAUGCUGUGUCUGGCUUGUCCGUCGCCGCCGCAAAGUUUGCAACUCCCGCCAUGAGUGACCUGUCCUACAUAAUCUACGAGGGGCCAGAUGAGCUGGAGAAGAAGGAGAUGGAGGGCGGUAUUGCUUGGGACGUGGGCAUGGGCGUGGCUGACGAUGCCAACACCUGGAUGGAGACGGCCAGCACCCGCUCACUCUGCUCCCUGGACGCCAUCUCAAACAUGACUGAUGCAUCCUGCAUUGUUGAGGAGAGGACUGCAGCGGACGCUGCAUGCAUGCUGGCAGUGGCCACCUCUAAGACAGGACACUCCUCUGAGCUGGGAGUUGCCGUGGAAACUGCUGAGGUGAUCGACGACAAGCAGGUGGAGCUGCUGCUGCUUGAGGAGACCCUGAAGGACGACCACGACGUCUCCGGCCACGGCAACACGGAGCCUGGUCAGGGCAGCGCCAAGAAGCACGGCAAGUACUGCAGGGCGAAGAAGUGGGUGCGGUCCAAGCUCAGGAAGGGUUGGAAGAGGUUGACCCACCGUGCUGGCUAGGGAGGGACACUGACCUUAAGCUAUUUAUACAGAAAUAUUAAUGUUAUAAUAUUGUGUUGAGGAUGGGAAGUCCUAAAAUCUAAGGUAUUGAAGUAGAUUGGUUAGGGGAUAAAAAUUGCUCUGAAACAUCCUUAGCUAGGGGCAGCAGAGCAAUGAAGAAUUUUAAGUUCUCAACCCUUGUAAAUAAUGGUCUUGUGCCAUUCUGGCAAGCUCAGCAUUUUGGUCUCUCAGGUUAACACACGAUAGGUUUGGCACCCUCACAGCUUUUUGCCUUACCCAAUUGUGUGAUAUUGUACCCUCUGAAACAUGGUAUGGGACAAAACCGUAUCUAUGGUAGGUGUGAACCAUGGGUUUGAAUAGCAUGUAGUUUUAAUAUUUAUCCCUCAGGGGACAAAAUGGUUGAAACUGUCCGUAUUGAGUGUCAAAACACUACCCAGGGAUGGAAGGACAGACACUGGAGUCACUGGUCAAGCCCAGGUCUGAAAAGUAUUUUUUUAAGGAUGUGUAACAUGUAUAUCAUCAGUCUCCAGAAUUUCUUGGGUAAAAGCCUGUAAGAAUACAGGAUGAAUGUUUUAUAUGUAUAUAAAUAUGAAAUGUAAAAAAAAAAAAAAUCUAUCAGGUGUACAGUUUGGGCCAAUAAUGGCUCCAGGUCCCUUUAUGGGAGAGUGUGAGACAACAGGCAGGUUCUGUUUAUGUAGAUGAGUAUCAGUGUAUUUAAAGUUAAAAUACAAAAAAAAAAAUCAAUGUACCAAAAAAAGUGCAAGGCAUUAGCAUUGUCUCCAGGCUUGUCCCUUGUUGGGAUAUAAUGAGACACAGCUCAUUAGCACUGUGGGUAAACUUUUAUGUAUAUGUAAAAAAUGUGUUUUUAAAAAGUAUUUUUAAAAACCAGUGAGGAGUACUACAAGCUGGUAUGCUGCAGAAAUGAUUGAAUGUUAUGGGACCAGACAGGUUUGGGUGGGAUUUUUUACAUGUUGACCAUUUUUAUAAUACAUUUCCAUGUGAACAAAGAGUACAUUUUAUAAAGAAUUUUAAAGAUGGUACUAUUUUAAAAUGACAUGUAUCUGGUGCUGCUAUCUGCUCCACUUUUAAACAUAGAACUAUGAUGAUCAUAUCUCUGGAACAGUAAAGACACUGUAGACACUGAUUUCAUGUUCGAACAUAUGUAUAAAAAA